AUGCCAUCCCGUGGUCAUGCAUUUGCAAUGGCUGUGGUUGCUGCAGCCAUUGCUAUGCUACUUGUUGCUGUGAUUUUCUUCUACUUGAAAAAAUUUGCUUGCUCUUGGCAUUACCACCAUAGACACAGAGUUGCAGCGAGUUUUCGAAGAGAAGCAGGAUUUAACCAAGAGGAUAUAAGGAAAGUUAAUAAUAUGAAAGGGUUACUUGCUGAAGAAAAUGGGAUUGAUAUUCUGUAUAUGGUGGAAACACAAGGAAGGCAUUUCAAAACUAGUUUCCCAACUAGAAUAUUCAAUCCGAGUUAUGAAGAUAAUGAAGAAAAGGAAGAAGAAGAAAAGAGAAUAGAUGUAUUGGUUCAAAGAUCUAUGCAUUAUGAGACUCAAGAGGUUCCAUUGCUAUGUGAAUCUCCAGGUUCAGGUUUGAUGAUUCAUGAGGAUUUAGUUAAACCACCACCACCACCACCUAAAGGAAAAGCCAACAUGGAAAACAACACCUUAGAGGUUGCAGAAUCAAGAGAGAAGGGUGCUAGCCAAACAAGACUCAAACCUCUACAUUGGGAUAAGGUUGUAGCUAAUGUUGAUCAUUCUACAGUGUGGGAUCACAUCAAUGAUGGCUCUUUCAGGUUUGACAAUGAACUCAUAGAAACACUCUUUGGAUACUCAACCAAGAACCAAACCAAUGAAAGAAACCUAUGUCAUGCAUCUUCUGCUCAGUUAUUCCUUGUGGACCCUAGAAAAUCCCAAAACACAUCAAUUGUGCUAAGGUCUCUUGCAAUUUCUCACAAGGAAAUUAUGGACGCGCUCGAUGAUGGACAAGGAAUCAGUCUUGAGACACUUGAAAAACUUACUAAGAUAGCUCCUACACAAGAAGAAGAAGCCAAAAUCAUCCAAUUCAGUGGAAAUCCAGAUAAACUUGCUCAUGCUGAUUCAUUCCUCUACUGCAUCCUCAAAGCGGUUCCAACAGCAUUCAUUCGCCUGAAAGCAAUGCUUUUCAGAUCAAAUCAUGAUUUUGAAGCCGUUCAGCUUAAAGAAAACUUACAAACGCUUGAAAAGGGUUGCAAGGAGAUGAGGGCUAGUGGCCUAUUACUGAAGUUUCUUGAGGCAAUUCUCAAAGCUGGAAACCGGAUGAAUGCCGGAACUUCUAGGGGAAAUGCACAAGGUUUCAACCUAAGUGCUCUUAGGAAGCUUCCUGAUGUGAAAAGCAUUGAUGGGAAGACUAGUUUGCUACACUUCAUUGUAGAGCAGGUGGCUCAGUCAGAAGGAAGAAGAGAAGCUAUGAAUCAAAAGCAUAACAUUCCCAAAAUCAAUAGUGAUAUAAGCAACUCCAAUGAAAACAAUAAUAGCCUUGUGCAACAUGAGACAGAGAAAGAGUAUCUGAUGCUUGGUUUACAAGUGUUAUUGGGAGGUAUAAAGGAUGAGUUAUCUGAAGUAAAGAAAGCAGCAAUAAUUGAUCAUCAGAAUUUCAUUAGGAUGUUAUACAUUCUCAAUGCUCGUGUAAGCGAAAUUCGAGAGAUUGUAACCAAAUGUUGUGGCGACAACAAUGAGAGAGGUGGAUUUCUUAAGGAAAUGAAAGGGUUUGUCGAGGAAUGUGAGGAGGAGCUUAAAGUUGUGAAAGAUGAACACCUUAGGAUCAUGGAGCUUGUGAAGAAAACCAAUGAGUAUUAUCUAGGAGGCGGAGGAGGAUCAAACCCCUUUGAACUGUUUCUUAUUGUGAGAGAUUUUGUUGACAUGGUGAAUGAGGUUUGCAGUGAUCUCAGAAGGAAGAUAGAAAAGAAGAAUGUAGGAGGAGGAGAAGGUGCAUCAACAACACCACCUCUUUCACCCUCAAAGAAAGCACCACUCAGGUUCCCAAAGUUUGAUUUGCACUUUCUAUCAAACAUGUCAAGUGCAACAUCAUGUUCUAGCCUAUCAGAUGAUGAUUUCUGAAGCAGGGUUUUAUGCAUUUGUAUCAAUUUGUUUAACGCAAAAUCUUUAACUAUGUAAA